AACCUUCAGUAAACAAUCCACCUCUUUAACACAAUGGAGUUGUCAUCUGGGUUCUAUGGGAGGAGCAACCCACAUAUGUUAUCGACCUCAGGUGGCAAAGCAAUGGGGAAGUUAAUUGAGGCCACCCAUGAGCCUGCUGGUGUUGAAAUUAACAUGAAACCUGUUCUUGACAUUGUUGAAGACAUCUUUGAACGAGCAACCCCUGCUGCUCCGGGAGCAAUCAAGCAAGUGGAUGCUUCGGAACCGGAUGAAAGGGCUCUCCAUUAUUCCAGCCUUGAACAGAUGAUGGACGUCUUAUCAGCCACCAUAAAUAGAAUUUCCUGCGAGAUAACCUACCGGUUGUCUAUUGGUGAAGAUGCACAUUCAACAACUCUAGCAGUGGCUCAGAUAGUUAAAGGCUACUCGUGGGAUGCAAAGAUUGUGCUAGCCUUGGCAGCAUUUGCGAUGACUUAUGGUGAAUUCUUGCUGGUGGUUCAGCUUUACGCCACUAAUCCACUUGCCAAAGACGUUGCACUCCUCAAACAGUUGCCUGAAAUUCUUACACGAGCUGACCUUUUGAAACCCAAAUUUGACACACUUGCCAACCUCAUCAAUGCGAUGGCGGUGGUAGCCAAGUGCACUGUGGAAUUCAAGGGGCUUCCAUCUAAGUACAUUAGGCCCGAAGACCCGGAAAUGUCAUCCGCCAAUGCUGAUAUUCCUUCAGCUGUUUAUUGGACCAUCCGAAGUACAGUGAUAUGCUCAUCACAAAUUAUGGGUCUCAUUAAUAUGGGCCACGAGUUCUUAUCAUCGACAACAGAUGCUUGGGAGUUGUCAAGUUUGACGCAUAACAUCAAUAGCAUAUACAACGAUCUAGUGGAGAAACUCAAUCGUUGUCGUCAACGCAUUAAUGAGAGAAAGGAUAUUGAGGCAUUUGAAACGUUGGUGCGCCUCUUUGAUGCAGUCCAUAUUGAUAAUAUGAAGAUCCUCAAAGCUCUGAUUUACGCUAAGGAUGACCAGCCCCCACUUUGGGAUGGAACUACUAAGCAAAGAGUUAGCAUUGAAUUGCUGAGGAGGAAGAGUGUGCUAUUACUGAUUUCAGACCUUCAGAUCCCGGAAAAAGAGCUUAUUAUUCUUGAACAGAUCUAUAAUGAAUCACGAGUGCAGCCAACGAGGAUCGAGAGUCAGUACGAGGUGAUUUGGAUCCCAAUCGUUGACAGAUCCAGUACAUUUGAUGACACAAUGAGGAAGCAAUUCGAGUCUCUACAAGCAAUGAUGCCAUGGUACUCGGUCGGUCACCCUUCCAUGAUUCAACCAGCGGUGAUGAGGUACAUCAAGGAGGUGUGGGGUUUCAACAAGAAGCCUCUGCUAGUGGUGUUGGACCCUCAAGGAAGAGUUGUGAACCCUAAUGCGAUGCCUAUGAUGUUUAUUUGGGGAAGCAUGGCUUUCCCUUUCACCAAGCUCAGGGAAGAAGCUCUUUGGAAGGAAGAAACAUGGAGGAUUGAACUAUUGGCAGAUUCCAUUGACCCCUCCAUAAUCAAUUGGUUAACGGAUAGGAAAUUCAUUUGCUUGUAUGGUGGAGAAGAUAUGAAUUGGAUCCGGAAAUUCACAACAACUGCAAAAGCCGUUGCGAAAACUGCCAAUAUCGAAUUGGAGAUGCUUUACGUGGGAAAAAGCAACCCUAGGGAGAGAGUUCGAAGAAACAUGACCAACAUCGAGUUAGAAAAUCUCAGCCAUACACUGUCAGACAUUUCGCUCAUAUGGUUCUUCUGGGUGCGACUUGAAAGCAUGUGGCACUCCAGAGCUCAGCACGGCGUGACCGUACGAAAUGACCUAAUCAUGCAGGAGAUUUUGACCAUGCUCGGCUUCGAUGGAAGCGAUCAAGGGUGGGCCGUGAUAAGUAGGGGAGCCGAUGAAAUGGCAAGGGCUAAGGCGGAGACCUUUUUGAAAAGCCUGGAAGAAUAUACGGCGUGGGAAGCGGCGGCGGCGGAGAAAGGUUUUAUUCCGGCACUGAAUGAUCACUUUCGAAGUCUUCGCACGGAGCACCAUUGCAACCGCCUGACGCUUCCGGGGAUUAGUGUUGCUGAAAUUGGAAGCAUCAAGGACACGGUCGUUUGCGUUGACUGCGGCAAGCCGAUGGAAGCGCUCCUCAUGUUCCGCUGCUGCACCGAUUGAUGUUUAAGGCGUCGCUGAUCGACCGUGCUCAUUGGAGUCAUUGUGGAGUUGGUGUUAAUAAUUACAAGCUGCUUUGCUUGAUGCUAUAAGUAGGCUGCUGAAUAAAAUGUUGAAGAAAUCCCAUGUAUUAUUAAUAUAUGCGAAUUGCAUUUCGCAUGCAGGAAGUUCACAAUCCCGGGAUUAGUUCUUUUUCCUGGCAUGAUAAAAUAAAGUCUGUUACCUUUCCUUUC